AGGCGCCCCAUCCCACCUCUCACAUACGUCUUACUCCCCUCUCUCCCUCCUGCUCUUCUUCAUCACUCACAUCUCUCAGUAUUUCAGAGUUUAAAAGAUGUCCUGGACGUAUGCAACCCUCUUGGCUCUCCUCACUGUGCUUUUUGCACUUUCAUGGUCUCCGGAGGCCAGCUCUGCAGCUGUGCCCAGUAGCACAGGCAGCACCAAAGAUCCUCAAGGUCCACUGAAAAGGGUCUUCAUGAAGCAGGCCGAUGCCUCAAACUUCUUCAGAAGACGCAGCAGACGUGGUGUGAAGUCCCAGGAUGAGCUGGACGCUGAGCAGAGGCAGAUUUUGGCUGCAGAUGAGCGGAAGAGAGAGUUUCACGAGGAGAAGCGGAACGAGUUUGAGAGCUACGCUGAGGAGGAACAUGACGAGCAAAACGAGAGGAGCAGAGAGAGCACCGAGCAGUGGAGGGAGUUCCACUAUGACGGGAUGCAUCCUGCCUACGAGUACAACCGUCACUCCACCUAAGAGUGAUAAGAGGAGACGUGCGACUGCUACAUAGCGAUGCUUUUCCACACAAAAUGUGACCGCUAACAUAGUAAAGGCAACGACUAUGCAAUGUAUUUUUCAUUUUUAACUAGAUUAAUUAUUAAUCGAUUAAUCACGUGGUGUAGAAAAUGUUAGAGAAGUGUUUAAAAAUGGUCUGACAAAGUGGACAAUGAAAACCAGCAUAACAAGUUAACAUCAAUCGAAAUGAAGAGCUUUUGGAAACUCAUUUACCCCAAUUUACAGCUGAGAUCUCCUAGAUCAGGGAUGUCCAACUCAUUCUACAUCUAACCCUAACCCUGAGUAGGCUGCACAAACUAAACUCCCUUUUCUGUCACUGUAAAAAAGUUUAACUACCAUUUAAUCCUCAAGAUUUCUUAACACAGGAAAGAAAGGUGUGUGAUCUCAACAGUGCAUCUUAGUUUUUCUACAUGAUAAAGACAUGCUCUUUUAGUAAACUAAAGAAAUCUGUCAUUGGGCUAAAAUUGUAAGAAAUAAAUAAAAUCCAGUUAAAAGCCCAAAUGUUUAUUCUUUACUUCGCAUUUCCCAGACCUGUCCCAUGGGCCACAUUCCUACAGCCCUAUUCUGGCCCCUGUGCCUUAUGUUUGACACCCCUGUUUUACAUAAAUAAAAUAAAUGUGCAGUA